CCGUGGAAUCGUCUGUUCAACGAGGUAUGAACGCCGAUUGUUCUGUUUUAAUUUACAGCAAAAAUGGCUAUUACCAUCACUGAAAUAAAGAAGUUGAGGGUAGCCGAUUUGAGAGCAAGGUUAUCAGAGCUUGGCCUGCCUAUUAAUGGAUUAAAAGCAGAGCUUGUGGAUAGAUUGUACUCUUAUUAUCAACAACAAAGUAUAGAAGAGCAGCAACAACAACUUGGAGGACAGCAUGAUGAGUUUGCCAACAUGUUCCAAGCAGACAGGAUGGGAGAACCCCCUUCUUUGCAUUCCCCUCCGGUCCAACCACCCAGAAUGGAUUUUGUACAGGCAACCAAUGAGCCCCAAUCAUUCCCCCAACAGACACCACCAUCACAGCAGCAGAGCAUGCAGAUGCCUUCUUUAGCCCACAUGCAAGCGCCCCAGAUGCAUUCAUCACAGAUGCAGCCUCAGAUGCAGCAGCCCUCGAUGCAUUCCCAGCAGAUGCAGCAGCAGCAGCAGCAUCCACAGAUGCAGCGUUCUCAAAUGCAACAUCCCUCCAUGCAGUCGCCUCAUAUGCAUUCUUCCCAAAUGCAACCCCCUGCAAUGCAUUCUUCCCAGUUGCAGCUUCCCCCCAUGCAGCCCCAACAAAUGCAGGCCCGGGGAAUGGAGCUCCCUCAGAUGCAGCCCUCACAGAUGCAGUCCCUUCAAAUGGAGCCCCCACAGUUGCAGCCCCUUCAAAUGGAGCCUCCACAAUUGCAGCCCCUUCAAAUGGACCCCCCUCAAAUGCAAUCACUUCAAAUGGACCCCCCUCAAAUGCAGUCCCUUCAAAUGGACCCCCCUCAAAUGCAGUCCCUUCAAAUGGACCCCCCUCAAAUGCAGUCACUUCAAAUGGACCCCCCUCAAAUGCAGUCCCUUCAAAUGGACCCCCCUCAUCUGCAGCCUCCUCAAAUGCAAUCUAGGAUGGAACCUCAUCAAAGACAACCCCCUCAAAUGGAACCCCCUCAGAUGGACCCCCCUCAAAUGCAAUCCCAACGAAUGGAAGCAUCUCAAAUGCAGUCUCAUCGAAUGGAAUCUUCUCAAAUGCAGCCUCAGCAAAUGGAGCCGCCACAAAUAGAAUCCCCUCAAAUGCAGUCUCGUCCAAUGGAGCCUCCUCAGCUUCAGCCACAUCAAAUGGAGCGUCCUCCAAUGCAGUCCCAUCAGAUGGAAUCCCCUGCUAUUCCCUCUUCCCAAAGGAAUACCUCUUCCAUGCAGAUGUCUCAAAUGCAGUCACAUCAUAUGCAGCCUGAAAUGCAGCAACCUCGGACGCAGCCUCCGCCCAUGCAGUCUACUCAGAUGCAACAGUCUCAGUUGCAGCCUCCUCCUGUACCACCAGUACAGCCUCCUUCCAUGCAGUCAACUUCUUUCCAGCCACCUCCGGCACCUUUUCACAGAUCCGACUCUCCACCACCCAUCAUGCAGAACCAACAGGCAUUUCCCCCUCCUCCACCGCAACCUCCAAAACCUCCACACUUGCUUCUCCAAGGUGAGCAGACGUCCACAAAUAUGCCCACUCAGCAACCACCUACAAUGCCAAUCCCUCCACCUCCAGCACCCCCAACCCAGUCACCAGUAAGUUCCCAGCCACCCUCUUUAGAGCCACCUAAUUUACCCAUGCAAUUGCCUAACUUGGGGGCAAUGCAACCCCCUCCUAUUCCCCCACCUCCACCACCACCUAUGUCGUUAGCCCAGAUGCCAGCACCUCCACCCGUGAUGCCAGCCGACACUUCAACACCAACUCCAAAGCAAAUGACGGGGGCGGAGAUGAUGGAGAUACGACAUGUGCAGGAGCGGGAGAAGCAAGAAAGAGAGAAAGCAGAGGUUGCUGAAGUCGCUCGUAUUGCAGAAGAACAGCAAGAGCUGAUUGAGAGGGAGAAGCAGAGGAUCCUUCAACAACAACAGGAGCGUAUAAGACAAAGACAGGAGCAGCAGAGACUGGAGGAUGAACAGAAGAUGCAGAAAGCAAUGCAGCAGCAGAAGAUGUUAGAAGAACAACGCAAGGCUAGAGAACUUGAUGAAGAGACAAGACAGAAAGUUGUCCAACAACAGAUCCUUAUUGAGCAUCAGCGUGUCGUAGAGGAAACUAUGAAAGAAGCAGAUCUCCUUCGGGAUCAACAAAGGGCUCUUGCUGUUCAAAGAGAAGAGGAAGUCAAGAUCAGAAAACAACAAGAAAUGCUGGAGAUUGAGGCUGCACAACACAGGGAACAACAGCAAAAAGCCAAUAUGAGUGGGUUAUUACCUAUCCCAACCUCUGGGGCUCCAAGCCAGCCUCGUAUGCAGCCAGAGAUGGAAAGGCCACCUCGCCCCACUGGACGACUAGAGACGCCGGUGGGCCAAGGCAUCCGAGGACCAAGGCCAGGGUUUCAACCGGGUCCCAUGGAUCACAGGGGACCGCACGAGAGGCAUCGGAUGCCACUACGUGAUGGCAGGGGACCAGGACCCGACUCAAGGCCCAUGAUGGGAAGGGACCGAUUCGAGAGGAUGCCUCCUCAUCUGAUGAUGGACAAGGGGCAUCCACCACCUCUCUUAGAUGAUGGCGGGCUUUCAAAGAUGGAUGACGAUCUAGCCAAGGACAUCAAAGUCCCACAAGCCAUGGAGAAGGUGUUUGCUUUCAAGGAUAAGAGAGCCCAGCAGAUUGGAUCAAACAUCGAUGAAGCUGUAAAAGAAGAGUUCUUCCCACCAGCAGAAGACGAGGUAUCUGAUGAUGAAGCUGAUAAUGAAGAGGAAGAAGAAGAGGAGGAACAGGAGGAGAAAGACAAAAAGAAGGUCCAGUCCAAUAAUCAGAAAAUGUCAAAGAACAGACGGAGAAAGCUGAAGAAGAAAAAGAGAAAAGCGGCAAAGCGGGCAGAGAAGGAAGAAGCUGCAGCCGAGAAUAGAGUAAGGAAGGAGGAUGAAGAGAAGAAAGGCAAGAAGAAGGAAGAAAAGGUGGAAGUGGAAUAUGUCCCAGAGAAAAUUGAAGUAAUUGAUCCAGCGUUCAGACAGUUCCAACGGAUAUUCCAAGCAUUCCAGCUCUCUGAACCAAUGAAGCCGGAAGUGAAGGAGCUGGAGAAGGAGACACCCAAACAACCUGAGAAGCAGAAAGAGAAGGAGAAGGAUUCCGAUGAGGAUUCCGAUGAUGAUAGUGAUAUGGAGGAAGAGGAUGAUGGAAAACCCAAGAUUUCCAAGAAGAAGUUGCGUAAGCUGAAUCGUCUGAGUGUUGCUGAGCUGAAGCAACUGGUGACCAGACCAGACGUUGUUGAGAUGCACGAUGUCACUGCUAGGGAUCCUAAACUUCUUGUCUACCUCAAGGCAUAUAGAAAUACAGUAGGCGUACCUAGGCAUUGGUGUUUCAAGCGCAAGUAUUUACAGGGUAAGAGAGGAAUCAUCAAACCUCCCUUUGAACUGCCAGAGUUCAUCCAAAGGACAGGCAUUAUGGAAAUGAGACAGGCCCUUCAGGAAAAGGAAGAACAACAAACAAUGAAGACAAAGAUGCGACAGAAAGUUCGACCUAAGAUGGGCAAGAUCGACAUUGAUUAUCAGAAACUCCAUGAUGCCUUCUUCAGAUGGCAGACAAAGCCCAAGCUGACCAUACACGGUGACCUCUACUAUGAAGGGAAAGAAUUUGAAACCAAACUGAAAGAGAAGAAACCGGGAGAGCUUAGUGAGGAGCUGAGGACAGCUCUUGGCAUGCCAACAGGGGCUAAUGCUGACAAGUACCCCCCACCCUGGUUGAUUGCCAUGCAACGCUAUGGACCCCCGCCCUCAUAUCCUCAUCUAAAGAUUCAGGGACUCAAUGCCCCUAUCCCUGAGAGUUGUUCAUUUGGUUAUCAUGCUGGAGGAUGGGGGAAACCCCCUGUUGAUCAGAGCGGCAAACCUCUCUAUGGAAAUGUCUUUGGCACAGAUGCAGCCGACCUCAAGGCCGAGGAAGAAGAAGAGAUUGACAGAACGAGAUGGGGAGAGCUGGAGAGUGAAUCUGAAGAAUCAUCAUCAGAAGAGGAGAGUGAAGAAGAGAGAGAGCCUGGAGAGAUAGAUGAAACUGGUCUUAUUACUCCUGCUGAUGGUGGAUUGAUCACGCCUAGUGGCCUGACCUCUAUUCCUACUGGUAUGGAGACACCAGACAUGAUAGAGCUACGUAAGAAGAAGAUAGAAGACGCCAUGGAGCAGGGCGCCGAGACUCCUCAGUUGUACACUGUUAUCCAAGAGAAGAAGACCAACGUUGGAGCUGCCAUGGUUGGCUCUACUCAUGUUUAUGAUCUUCCUCCCGCUGGUGUGAAGAAGCCAACAGGAACAGCCAGUGAAGGGGUAGCUAUUGCCUUGGAUCCAAGCGAGUUGGACAUGGACACGGAAGCUAUGACAGCCAAGUACGAGGAGCAAGUCAGAGAACAACAGAGCCAACUUGAGAAGGAGGACUUCAGUGACAUGGUAGCUGAACAUGCAGCUAAACAAAAGAACAAGCGUAAGAAGCAGACCCAGGACAGUGGAAGGGCACCCAAGAAAUACAAGGAAUUCAAAUUCUGAUUCAUACACAUUGAAAUGUCUUGUAUGUAUAUUAGGCUAUCUGAAACUCUUCUUUAUUUUCAGUGAGUCAUUUGUAAAUACACAGAUAACAUCCGCUUGGUUACAUGUAAAUGGCAGUACUUUCAUUCAGUCAAAUCAAUUUGAUAAAGAAAUAUGUAAGAUACAUGAUGAUUAAUACAAAGAAAAGUGGUAUCUUUCUCUUUUAUUGAGAUUUUAAAGAAUUUUUCCAAAGA